CGCUUUCACUGCAGGCCCGUGUGCGCGCACGCACGCUUCAGGCCCGGGGUGACGCAUGCGUGCGCGUUCAGGACGGAGUUUGGUGGGCGCGCGUGUUAUUACGCGCUGCGUUUCCAGAGACGCCGAUUACAGAGCGAGACUGCGCAGUGUUAACAGCAGCGGGACAGAUUCACCUCAACCCUGUGGGAUGGCGGUAAACGUUUACUCCACAUCGAUGACCAUCGAGAACCUGAGCAGACAUGACAUGCUGGCCUGGGUCAACGACUCUCUGCAGCUCACCUACACCAAGAUCGAGCAGCUGUGCUCAGGUGCGGCGUACUGUCAUUUCAUGGACAUGCUGUUCCCCGGCUGUAUCCUGCUGAAGAGAGUGAAGUUCCAGGCCAAACUGGAGCACGAGUUCAUCCACAACUUCAAAGUGCUGCAGACGGCCUUCGCGGAUGAGCGUGGACAAGGUGAGACGACAACGCCUUAG